AUGGCCACCACAUUCUCCCUCCCACCCCUUCCCUACGCCUACGAUGCCCUGGAACCCGUCAUCUGCAAACAGAUCAUGGAAAUUCACCACCAAAAACACCACCAAACCUACAUCACCAACCUCAACGCCUCACUCUCCACCCAAUCCUCCGCCCUCGCAGCAAACAACAUCCCCCAGCUCAUCAACCUCCAGCAAAAGAUCAAGUUCAACGGUGGCGGCCACAUCAACCACUCCCUUUUCUGGAAGAACCUGGCUCCUUACGGCUCCUCGGAGACGAACAUCGACGAGGCCGCUCCCGUCCUGAAGGCUGCCAUCGAGGCCCAGUAUGGCUCUGUGCAGAAGUUCAAGGAGGCGUUUGGCGCCGUGCUUCUCGGUCUGCAGGGGAGUGGAUGGGGUUGGUUGGUGGCUAACGGGCCAGGCGGGAAGUUGGAGAUUGUUUCGACGAAAGAUCAGGAUCCUGUGACGGAUAAAGUCCCAGUUUUUGGGGUUGAUAUGUGGGAACAUGCUUAUUAUUUGCAGUACUUCAACAACAAGGCCUCUUAUGUAGAGGGUAUCUGGAAGGUCCUUAACUGGCGCACCGCGGAGGACAGAUUCAAGAAUGGCGUGGAGGGCUCUGCACUUCUGAAGUUGUAGAUCAGUGUCAGUCUGUCGAGGUCUGUCUGCUUAGCAAUUUGAAUAACAUGAAUAUGAACAUGAACAUGAACAUGAAUGUAAUCAUAAGAUCCCAAUUCCCUUCCCAAAGAAAAUAUUAAUAAACCAGUCCCAUAGCACCAUAGACCCAAAUACCACCAACACCAUAAAACCAAGAAAGACCUCAAUCAAUC